CAAUCAAAAUUCACAAUAACGUAGAACACAGUGCAAAUCACAGACAACAACCAUGGUGGACACGCAGCACUUCUGUCUGCGAUGGAACAACUACCAGAGCAGUAUCACGUCCGCCUUCGAGAACCUGCGCGAUGAUGAGGACUUUGUCGAUGUGACGCUCGCCUGCGACGGUCGCAGCCUGAAAGCACACCGGGUGGUACUAUCCGCGUGCAGUACAUAUUUCCGAGAGCUACUGAAGAGCACACCUUGCAAACAUCCGGUGAUAGUGUUGCAGGAUGUCGCGUUCACCGAUCUUCACGCGCUGGUCGAAUUCAUCUAUCACGGUGAGGUGAACGUGCAUCAGCGAUCACUCAGCUCCUUCCUGAAGACGGCGGAAAUUUUAAGAGUGUCCGGCUUAACACAGCAACAAGCAGAGGAAACACAUGGUAUACAUACGCCGCUCGGUGCGAACCUGCCCUCGGGCGUCGUACAUCAUCCGAUCUACCCGGACAAGAUGCUGGACGACUCGCUGUACGUGUCGCAAGGUGCAUCCCCUCCGCCACAUCUUGCCAGCCUGCACAACAGCUCCUCCCCGAACAGUGGUGUUGGUGUCGGUGGUGGCGGUGGAAGUGGCGGAGGCGGCGGCACCGGUAACAGCAACGGUGCACCGAUAGUGAAUCAGCUGUUAAAGCGAGCGGCUGCCGCAGCAGCCCUCCGACGGGAGCGCAACAAUUCGGCCCAUUCGGACGAGAUGGCACUGAAGCGGCACCGAAUGUCGGUGGACAGCAAUGGGCCGACGAAUGCGCGUGAUCUGGACGUGAUCUGUAGUACGCCCCAAACGACGGCCACCGAUUUUUCGUCGAGCGCCUCGAAGCAGCACAUAAGUUUGCCAUCGCCCCAGGGAAAGGAUCAAUUGCGGCAACAGGACAGCUUAUCCGGUCAUGCAAACAGUGGCAACAACAACAGUUUCUCCAUCAACAGCUCGAGUAACUUAAUAAAAAGUAGUAUUAAUAACAAUAAUAAUAACAUCAACAACAACAACAACUUGAACAACAACCUGUUGCACAGCAAGGAAAACAGUAGUGGCGGCGGUACGGUUGGCGGUGGACUGUGCGGUUCCGGCAGCAUCCCCACUUCGCUCGGCACAUCGAACGGCAGCAAUGCCGGCAGCCUCUGUUCGGCGGAGAAGGAAAGCCUAGCGUCCUCACCGUCGGAGCGUUCCGCCGAGGAUGUGAAGUCGGAACCGCUCGAGCUGCUGUGCGGCACGGGCGGCGAUCACGAAAACAGCUCGGACUCGGUAACGGACGAUCAUGGCGAUCUCGUCAAAGGUGGACUGGAUGUGAAAGGUUCCCUGCGAUCACCAAACGAUCACGAGCUGGAUAGCAAUAUGCAUCACCACAGUGCACAAUUCCUCAUGAACGCGAGCGAAAACAAGCUGUUUCCCACGCCACCCCAGUUUAACUUUUCGAUGGCAGCACUAGCAGCAGAUCCCUCAGCGUUGGCAGGAUUUAGCACCCAAGCACUGCAAGCGGUAGAGUUGGCCGGUUCACCACAGGGACCAGGCCAAGGAUCACCGUCACCCUCGUCAUCGGUAGUUGCCGGCUCACCCUCGCAGCUGAUGCCACUCCGUAUGCCACCACCAACUAGUGGCGGCAUUAACGAACCGCAAGAGUGUCCCUACUGUAGACGAACGUUCUCCUGCUACUACUCCCUGAAGCGCCAUUUUCAGGACAAGCACGAACAGUCGGACACGCUGUACGUGUGCGAGUUUUGCCACCGACGGUACCGGACGAAAAACUCGCUCACCACGCACAAAAGCCUCCAGCAUCGUGGGUCCAGCGGGAUGCUGAAACGGUUGCUGAAGACGUCCGCCAUCAAGACGGUGCUGUCCGGGAACGGUAGCAGUGUGGGGACCGGUCUGCACGGUUCCCAUCCGCAUGCACAUCCACAUCUGUUCGAUUUUGCGGCAGAAUUGGGACAACCACCGCCGGGCAUUCAGUAA